AUGGAAACUCCAAAAUUUUCUAUUGCUGUAAUAGGUGCAACAAAUGGACUGGGCACUCAAAAUCCUUUCUUUUCAGAUCGAUUAAGCAUCAAUAGUAACUUUUUUCAGUUUCCUGAAGAAUCCCCUCUUAUUGGAGCUGAUGACGAUACUUUUUUAAUGUAUUGCAAAUCUCAAUUGAAAAUUUCAGCUAGAAACUCGUUUUUAAAACAAAAAAUAGAGAGGCCCGUCUUUAAAAUUGAUGAAACUCCAAGACCUUCUCAUUUCUCUCCAGAAAAAAUUAACGAAAGAACUAUCAAGCAAUUGGACUCUAAAAGGAAAAAGCGGUUUUUCCAAGAAGAAUUUCUCAGUGAGAGAUUUGAUGAAACACAUAAACCAGAGGAAAGCUCUUGCUUAUCAUGAUUUAUCAUAAGGAAUAAUGGAAUAAAAUCAAUCAUCCCUGACUUUGAGCUCAAAGAAUGCAAACUUAUCUUUAACGAAAUUUUAACUAAAAAUAUAAAGUCGCAUGAAGCUAAUUUCGGUAUGUGUAGAUUAUAUGCUUAUGAAGGGAGAUAUGGACUAGCAAUGAUUUAUAUAAAAGAUGCAUUGCAAAUUUCUCCAAAUGAUAAGCUAUAUAAUUUAUGGUUAGUUUGUCAAAUGUGGCUGGAAUAGAAAAUUGCGAGCUAAUAUAAAAAAUCAUCAGAUUUCAUAAUAAAAUUUCUGAUAAUAGUAUAAUCAUUUUUGGACAAUCCGAACACGUAUAUUAUCAAAUUGAAAAAUAUCAGGAGAAGGAGGAAUUAAUUCACAUAUAUUUAUAUUUAAUCGUUCAAAAUUUAAUUUUUGCUCUUCAAAAGGAAAUACUAAUUGGGGUUGUCUAGACAUAAAGAUUUCUAUUUCUUUAUUUCUUCCAUAUGGACACGCAAUUUUCUAUUCCUGCCGCAUUUGGCAAGCUAACCUAUUUUGGCUCACCAAUUUUUAAUCUGAUAAAAAUAUAUUCUUAGAAGAUCAAACCACAAGCUACCAGAAUAUAAGAUCUAUACAGAUUCCGAUAUCUCAGGCACUCGAACCCUGUGACAAGAAUAAAUAGAUUUUUAAAGGAUAAUAAAUGCUGUUCAUCCUAGUACAUCAGAUCAUCCAAGCAGUGUUUUUCGACUAUAUCAAAGAGUAUAUAUAAUUUAUACCUAGUUGCAAAAUAAUAAACAAUACCUACUGGUAAUCGUAAUCUUAUUUUUAUAUUUAAAUAGGCUAAUGGAUAAUCAGUAUGAAUAUUUUUAUUUAUAGCAAUUAGGUAUAUGGUAUAUAUGCCAUGCUGAACAUGAAAACUAUUUUUGAGCUAGAUAAUAUUUCUCAAAAAUCAUUGCCUUCGGGAAGUCGUAAGAUAUAACUUCCCCUUUGGAUAGCGAGCAAAAUCAUUACCAUUAUUGGAAAAUUGGCAUCAAAAUUUUAAUAUUUUAAUAUAUUAUUAAUAAUUGCAAUGAUAAAAUCUAAAGUAAAUUAUUAUAAAAUUUUUUACAUCUCAUGCUAUAAGGCAUAAAUUUUUAGAUUUUGGAUUUUUAAAUUAUGAAACAAAUUGUUUAAUCAAUGCUAAUAUAAAACAUCUUAAAAAAAUUUAGUCUCCUUUGAUUAAUGAAAAAGAUUUGCUUUGAUAGCCAAGGUUGGAGUAAAUAGGAAUGUGGUGCUGCGGAUCAAGAUCUGCUGGACAAUUUUCUGUUGUGUUUCCUCAGCUUAUAGAGAAACUCACAAUAUUUCAAGGAGAAAUAGAUGUUUUAUGAUGCCUGAUGACAUUGUCCUUGAAAAAUUGUCUUGAAAUAGGAAGAGAAAUUGAGAACCCAAGAUUCUAUGCAGCAAAAAUUAAGGAAAUUGAUAAUUAUUAUGGAUAUGUAGCUUGGAGCGAUAUAUUGUUUAGUGAAGAAGGACAAGAAGCUAAAGGGAGAGAUACACUAAGGGAAUGUAUAAUGCAGUAUCCAAAUAGACCAGAAGCAUAUAUAAAGCUCUGGCAAUACUAUUAUUAUAACGUAAAAGAUUUUGAGCAGUCAGAAGAUAUUGCAUGUGAAGCUUUUAUCAGAGUUUGCGGCUCUGAUGAUAGCGAAUAUUUUGCAUUAUUAUGCAUCAAUUACGCUAAGUCAUGCUUCAAAAUGAGAAAAAUUAAUUAUAUUAUACCACACUAGUUGAUAGCUAUGAUUUUGACAUGUUCUGAGAUUAUAGGGGGAAUUGAUUCACCAAUAAGUGUUGGUGAAACCAACCCUUGACAUUACAAAUUCACUUGAAAUUACAGAUUUAUUAUCUCAAGGGCUAGUCUCACCGAUAUUUGUUGGUGAAACCAAUCUCUGAUAGUCUCAGGAGUUAUUGGAAUCAUAGCGAUCCACUAGCAUAGAUGCCCUAUAUGCUCUAAAGAUAUUACAACAAAAGUACAUUGAAAAUCCAGAGUUUCCGAUAUUCUUAUACCAUAUUGGCAGAUUAUCUACAAAAUCAGAAGACCUAGCUCUUAAUGGGCUAGCAAUUGGAACCCUUGAAGAAUGUCUCAGACAGUGUGACAAAUGUUGGCAUGGGCCUAUUUAUUAUUGGCUUGCCAAAGCUUACUUAAAUUCAAAGCAGCAUGUGGAAGCUUACGGGGCUAUGAAACAGUCCUACAAAUAUUUACUCCCCCAAUUUAAAUUUUGGAACAACAAAUUCUGCUCCAAUUUAACGGGGAUUAGUUAUAAAUUUUUUUCAAAACAUUUAUAUUUAAUUUUUUCUCUAUAAAACAAUAUUUUAAAAUUUACCGAUAUAAAUUGAGUACAAUACUUUGAAUUUUAAUUAUUUUUAUGAAGAAAUAAUUAAAAAAUUAAUCAAUUCAGUGAGAAAACUGUUUAAAUAGCAUUCUACUUGGACUUUUUACAAUAAAUUAGGUUAAAACUAAUUUUAUAAAAAUUAUUAUUUUCACCUUUAAUUUUUUUGUUAAAAAAAUUUUUGUAUAUUUUAAAGAAAUGUUAAAUUGAGCAUAAAUAAUGAAUUUUAAUUUAUUUUUAUGAAGAAUUAAUUAGAAAAAACUAAUCAAUUCAGUGUGAAAACUGCUUAAAUACCCUACUCGCAUUUUUGAUCAAAAAUAAUUUUAUAAAAAUUAGUAUUUUCAUCGAUAAAAUUUCGAAAAACAAUUUUGUGCGCGAAUUUAAAGCGGCUAAAAUACUCAGAAAAUGCAAAAUUUAUCGAUGUUUUGUUCCAAUUUAAAGGGGGGAGUAGAGAACUCAGAUCAAAGAAAAUCCCAUGAUCUAAAAAGCGCCAUGAAAAGCUUAAAAGAAGGAGUAUCAGCAUUGAAAGAAGUCGAAGAAAUCCUGAAGAGUGAAUCAUUUUUGAAAAAUAUUGAUAAAUGCAAACGCUUAUGCAAUAAAAUAAAAGGAUUAAAUAAACUCUCCGGAGAAGUUUUGCAAGCAAAGAUACUUUGGAGCGAAGGACGCAAAGAAGAAGCAAUAAGAGAACUAGAAUCGUCUGCAUACAUGGCCAGCACUAGAAUAAUGCCUUAUUUUGAGCUCCUUAGAUGCCUCGAAUUAAGUGAAGACUAUCUUUCGAUGAGAACAUAUGGCAAAGAAAUGGUAUUAAAGAGCAUGAAUAGUCAGCUGCCUUGCACAACCUGAGUUAAAGCUAACAUUAUUUUUGCAAAAAUACUGGUGAAAAAUAACGAGCUUGAUCGAGCUUUAAGAGUCUUAAAAGCCUUGGCUAAAAUAUUUCCAAUAACCCGAUAUGCUGAAAUUCCGUUCACUCUUAAACUGCAAGAGUCUUCUACAUAUCAAGAUUUAGAUGAAGCUAACAACUUGCCUAGAAAUUCACUGGGCGUUUAUUCUUUUUCGAGCUCACGUAACUCCUAUGCUAGUAUUUCUGCACCGGCAUAUAGCCAAUCUUACAAAGAUCAAGUUAAAAAGAACACAUUUAGAAGAAACCAAGAGUUGCUAACUUUGCUAAUUGGUGAAGAUGCUCCUCACCCAGAAGAAACUUUAGAAAGCAAUCCAGAUUUAUAUGAAAAUGACGAGCUGGAUGUCACAGGAUUCAAAAAAUUCCAAAAUUUAUCUAUAGAAUUUGAGUUUAACAAUGAAGAUUUGCAGCAUCAGGAAAUCAUGAAGCCUAUGCACUCAGAUAAUGAACUGUGCACAGAAUUCGCUGUCAGCAGUGACCCUAUAUUUUUAUAUAAAAUUGGGAAAAUUGCUGCUAUGCAUGGAAUUAAUUUAAUGGAUGGGCUUUAUGCAAUUGAAGACUAUCUUUCAUUAUUGAAGUUCGAAAAAUCUAUAGCAAUGAAAGAAAGAGCUGCUGUAAAAGCCCUUCUUCUUAAAUUCAUUAUUCUUUGCCAGCUCAAUAAUAUUGAUACUGCAGCAGCGGUGGCAGCUGAAAUUGAUCCAAUAAUAAGCCAGGUUGGAUGGGCGAAGAAAUAUGAAUUAUUUAAGGAUUUUAAGGCCAGACACAAUAUUUAA